AAAAUUUGAAUCUAAAAAAGAAAGCUGAAAUCCUUUUGGAAAAAAAGAAAAUGCUAGAACGUGUUAUACAAGAAUUUAAAAUUGAUUGUCAACAAGAAAUGAAAAAACUUUGGACAAAUUUCCAGAGAAUUGAAAAUAAAAUUAAAGAGAUUAAUAUCCACUGCAAUGAAUAGACUUAAGGAUAUCCAUUUAAUUCUCGGACUGUGGGGACCGGAAAUAAAAUCCGAAUUAUUAAAAUAUAUUAUUCAAGAUUGUUUUUAUCCAAACGUAUGUGGCUAUUGUUUUAAGCAACACGAGCAAACUGAUUUAAAAUUGUGGGUUACUUGUGAAUCGUGUAAAAUAGUUUCUUAUUGUUCGGAAAAUCAUAUGUUAAAACAUAAAAAUGUUCAUCAAGAUUUUGAUCGUAUUUUAUUAGAUGUCUUGUCGAUGUCACCGACUAAAGUGAAUUAUUUCUAUGAACUGAUGAAUAUUGUUAAUUCACCAACACAGAGACCUCUUAUUUUAAUGAGUUUCAUCGAUGAAAUGUCAGAGAGAUUAAUUGAAUCAAGAGGACUUUAUAAAGCCGAAGAGGAGAUGUUGAAAUUUUUACCACAUUGCGAGGCAUGUACAGAGGUCAAUCCAGAAAAAAUGAUAAAAUGUCACGAUUGUUUAGCAAAUUUUUGUAUAAAUCAUCACAAUGAUAUUGAAGCAACAACACGACACGCGGAAUUUUGUUCUGAUUAUCUUCAAUCAUUUAUUUUGGAAGCUUACAAUCUUGCAUUUGAUGAUGUCGAUUUAUUGGCAAUUAUCAUUCAAUCCACUAGUCUUCAGAAGGAGAAAUUUGUUUAUCCAAAUUCAAUAUAUGAAUUUCUCGAAACACAAAUUGAUUUUUAUCGUCUAUUUGAAACACUCGAACAUCCCGAUCAUCAUCAAAUAUCGUCAGACUUUAAAUUAGAGGAUAAUAUUUCUGAUUUAAGAGCUUUUGUCUCGGAAUAUUUGACAAAACCACUUUCUUUAAUUUAUGCCAUUAAAAUGUUGGAAAUUAUUCCUCACGAAGAGACGAUAAUUCAUGUUAUUGGCUCAACAGGUGAGGAAAUAAAAAAUUUAAAUCAAUGGGAAUUUCUUUUGCAAUGGUUUCCCGAUUUGAAAAAAUUAACAAUUGUUUUUGUUGGAAAAGAAUUGACAAUUCAUACAAAUAAUUCAAAUGCUUCAUUAAAUGAGAAUUAUUCAGAGGAAUUAUUUGAUGAAAAUAAUAUUGUUGAGGAGACAUCAAUCACAUAUGCUUCAUAUGGACAUCAAUUACAUUUUCAAUUUUCAUCAAGCCUUUAUAAACACUAUUAUGAGAAUUCGAAUAAUUUUCAAGAGCCAAAUUUUGUUAUUGCUUAUAAUCCUGGUUUAAGUGUUUACAGUGAAUGGAAAGAGUCACUUUUAGUUUUGAAAAAUUUUCAAAGUCCUUUUAUUUUUACCUCUUAUUAUAAAGAAGAUGCUCUAUUGGAUCAUGAUAUGAUGAAAAAAGUCAUGGGUGAAGAAAUAAAUUAUCAUUUAUUUAUAAAUAAUCCCUAUAAAAGUUUGCGACCACUUCGAUUUUAUGGAAAUUCUUAUCCAUUGGUUUACAAAAAUAAUUUCAUCACCAUUUAUAAAAGUUGUAUUCCAGAAUAAAAAGAGAGAAGAGCAACGAAACUUGUAGAAUAGUUUCAAUUUAUUAAUAAAAAACAAAAAACAAAAGAUUACUAUUUUUAAUUUAAAAAAAAAUAAAAUAGGACUUAUUAGUGUUCGUAAGAAAUAAAAAAAGGGGUAUCCUAAUUUGAAAAAUAAUUUCAAUUUGAAAAAGGCGAAAAAUGAAAAUGUUUUAUUAAAAUAUUCAUCGUACUUUGAAAUGUAUAUGAAUAUUGCAAUAUUUAUCUGAUUUAUAUGUAAUUUCUCAAUUGCUUUGUUUAAAAUUAUCUUCACUUAUUAAUGUUAAUUUUAUCUCUGAUGUUCUCUAUUUUCUAUAAUAAAAAGAAUUUCAUUAAAACUUU